AUGAUAGAUACAGGUAGUCAGGUAAACAUUCUUAAAAUAAAUUGCUUACGCGAAGAAUUAGAAGUAGACGAAACACAAAAAAUAAAUCUGCGCGGUAUAAACGAAUGUCUCACAGAAACCAUAGGGAAAAUAUCAAUAUUAAUCGAAUUAAAUGGCGAAAAUAUUAAAACAGAAUUUCAUAUCGUGAGUGCUCGAUUUCCAAUACCCAAGGACGGAAUAUUAGGAAACGAGUUCUUGUCGAAAAAUAACGCAAUAGUCGAUGUAGCGAACAACAAAUUAAUUAUUCAAACGACCUCGCAUACACUAACAAAUUUCAAUGAAGCCGGCAAAAUAAGUUCCGUUAAAUUAAAACCGCGAACCGAAACUAUUGUAGGAAUACAGAUAGCUGACCCACUAAUAGAAAGCAAGGAAAUAUACAUUCAUAAACAAGAAUUAGUAAAAGACGUAUAUUGCAGUAGUACCGUGUCUAUCGUUAAUAAUGGUAGGGCAAUAGUUAGCAUGUUAAAUAUAUCAGAGGAAACGAAAAGUAUGUCUGAAAUCGACCUAAAUAAAAUACUCUAUGAUACCGAAUACGAAAUAUAUAAUGUAGAAUCGACAAAUGAUCAUAAUGAGCGAAUAGCACGUUUGAAACAAAUAAUAAUAACUGACCACAUGGACGAAAUUGAAAAACAAUCUAUUUACGAAAUAUGUGAACGAUAUAAUAGCAUAUUUCAUUUAGAAGGGGAUGUUCUAACCUACACCAAUGUCGGCACACAUUCUAUUAAGUUAAAAAAGGAUCAACCACCUAUUUAUCGUAGACCUUAUAGAUUACCACAUGCCCAACAGGACGAAAUACAUUCACAAAUUCAAAAAAUGGAAGAAAAUGGAAUUAUCGAGAAAUCGAGAAGUCCAUGGAAUUCCCCACUAUUAUUAGUACAAAAGAAAAUGGAUAAUUCAGGCAAACAAAAGUUUAGAGUAGUAGUAGACUUUAGGGCACUAAACGAAGCUACUAUAAAUGAAUUUCACCCUUUACCAAAUAUUACAGAAAUACUAGAUCAACUAGGAAAUAGUCAAUUAUUCUCUCUCUUAGACUUAUCGAGUGGUUUUUACCAAAUUUUGAUGGAAAAAGAUUCACGAGAGUUAACAGCCUUUUCGACUAACCAAGGUCACUGGCAUUUCAAACGAAUGAUACAGGGAAUGAAGACAAGUCCCGGAACUUUCCAAAGAGUUAUGAAUUCAGCUCUGGCAGGUUUAAUAGGAAUAAAAUGCUUAGUAUACUUAGACGAUAUAAUAGUAUAUGGGAAAAAUUUAUAUGAUCAUAACGAAAAGUUAAUAGAAGUUUUCGAGCGUUUACGAAUAAGCAACUUAAAAUUACAACCAGAUAAAUGCAACUUCUUAAAAAGAGAAUGUGUAUAUCUAGGACACGUUAUUACGAAAGACGGAAUAAAACCCGACGAACGUAAAUUAAAAGCAGUAGUAGAAUUUCCAAUACCAACAACUGUAAAAAACAUUAAAUCAUUUUUGGGAUUAAGUGGCUAUUAUAGAAAAUUCAUAAAUUCAUAUAGUGCAAUAGCAAAACCACUAACCAAUCUAUUAAAGAAAGACACGAGUUUCGUAUGGAGUAACGAAUGUCAAAAGUCAUUCGAUACCUUGAAGGCAGCGUUAUGCUCAGAACCAGUUCUAAAAUAUCCGGAUUUCACAAAGACCUUCUUAUUAACUACAGACGCGAGUAAUAAAGCACUCGGGGCUAUUUUAUCUCAAGGAGAAAUAGGUAAAGAUUUGCCGAUUUGUUAUGCAUCACGCACGCUAAAUAAAAGUGAAGGCAACUAUUCAACAACCGAACUAGAAUGUUUAGCAAUAAUAUUCGGAGUAAAACAGUUUCGACCAUAUUUAUACGGUAGAAAGUUUAUAAUACUUAGCGAUCAUCGCCCAUUAACGUGGCUCUUUAAUUUAAAAAAUCCAUUAUCAAAGUUAGCUAGAUGGAGAAUACAAUUAGAGAAGUACGAUUACGAAAUACGUUACAAACCCGGAGUUUUAAAUUCAAAUGUAGAUGCACUCACACGCAUGUACUCUAUACAGGAAAUAAAAAACGAAUCAUACGAAAAAUUUCUCGAAAAAUUAGAAACACAAAUUAUCACAAAUAGUAAUGUAAAAGAAACUAUAGGCACAGUAAUAGAUUCACCAAAAGAAUAUAAUAUAGUGUCAGAAAUUGCCAAGCAAUAUAAUUUUAGAACAGGAACGAAUUAUCAGUUAAAAAAACAAUUUGGAAACGGUACAAUAUUGCCAAUUAGUAAAGUAAUAGGGGACACACCAUAUUUUAAACAUGAAAACCGGUUUAUAAUAUUCUUAGUAACGAAAAACAAGGACCGACCGAGGGCCACUUAUGAAAGUAUAUAUAUAUCACUAAUAAAUUUGAAGCAAUUUUGUAAGGAAAAUAAUCUAAAUAAAUUAGCCAUGGGCAAGUUAGGCGAUCACGAUGAUUUAGAAUGGGAAAAAAUAAGGUCAAUGUUGCGAUACAUAUUUCGCGAAACAAAUAUAGAAAUAAUUAUAUGUGCAAAUGUAGAAUAUAGUGAAGAAGAAAAAGCAGUCAUUUUAUCACAAUUUCACGACUCAAAACUAGGCGGACAUUUAGGUGUGAAUAAAACUACUAAACGUAUAAAACAACAAUUUAUAUGGAGGGGAAUGAAAGAAGAUGUUAAAAAAAUAUAUAAGGAAUUGUACGUCAUGUCAGGUUAA